UUUUAAAUUAAGAAAAUUAGUUUUAUAUUUUUCUAAAAGUAAAUGAAUCGAACUGCACCAAAAUGAAAGAUUUGUUGAAAAAAUUAGCCAAGGAUAUGGGUUGGAACUCAUUAGGAUCCAUUCCUGUGGCAAACGAGGAAAAUACGUCGUUGCUAAAAGAAUUGGAAGCUUUGAUGAGAGAAAAACAAGUCAUAGAAGAAGAAAACAAAGAUUUGAAAGAACGUUGCGAGAAAAUUAGCGAACAUGUAAAAAGUACCGAACUCUGCGUGGAACAGAAUUUGAAUUUGAUACAUGCCUAUAACAGUGAUGGUAUGAGAGAAGCCCAUUUGCUUAAAAUUGUAGAACGUCAAGAGGCUAAAGUAAUUGAUGAUAUUAGAAAACUUGAUGAGGAAUACUUCGAAGAAGAAUUGCAUAUGCAGACAGUACAAGCUGAGUUAGAGAAACAAAGAAAUAUUAUUAAGGAUAAGACUGAACGACUGAAAUGGGCAAAAAAUGCUAUGACGAUUUGGCAAGAAGCAAUGGAACAUAGUAAAACUGGAUUUAAAUUGAUAGAAAAAUAUUUCAAAGAAGAUGAAACAGUAGCUAAACAAAAAGAAAGAGAAUUGCAAUCACUGCAAAAUGAUUUAAUUAAAGAACGUGCGGAACUGCAUGAGACACUGGAAUUGAAAAAGCGUUUGGAGAACGAUAUAGAUUCUUUAGGAAAAGCUUUCCGACUUGCACAUGCUGAACGCAGAGAAAUGGUUAAUAUUUGGAAGUCAGCAGUAACACAAAUGGCAAAUCGUGAACGGUCUAUAGAAAACGGAGACGAUGAUCUAUUACAACUGAGACAGCAACGAAAAUUCACACUUGCAAAACUAUCUGCAAAAAAUAGGGCGCUCGAUGAUUUAUUGGAGGAACAAAAAGAUAUUGAAUUCGAAAUCGAGGAAAUCAAUAAGUCAGUGUGCAAAAUUAAAGAAGAAAGCUACAUCCUUAAAUCUAAACUAUUUACGAGAGAAAAAGAGAUACACGUAUAUCAACAAGAUUUACAAAAUUUAGCUAGUGACAUUGAACGUAUGCGAGCGGAAUCUCGACUAAAACAAGUUGAAGCUAGUAAGAAGCAAGAAAAACUUGAUAUAAUAAUGGACAAGAACUUAAAAUUGGAAGACCGCCUUAAAAAAUUUAUGGAUAAGUCUUUAAAUGCUACAACAAGAUUGCAAAUGUUAGAAGAUAUGAUAGCUGUCGAGGAAAAGACUAUUAAACAAAUGAAUAACGAGACCCAAGCACUUAAUGAACUUAGAUAUCGCCUAGAAUCGCAACUAGAAGAUGUGAAAAGUGAAGCAAAACAAGUGGAGGUCAAGAAUGAUGGAACAAAAGCGGCUACAAUAACAGUUGGAAAAAAUAUAAAAACUUUGAAAACGAGCAUGAGGCGGCAGAAUGAAAUUCUAUACAAUUUGAGUUUCAAAUGUAUAGAACUGGAACGUAAAAUAACUGAAGCGAUGGGUACUACUUCAGAUCCCGAAGAAGAAGAAAGAAAAAAACAACAAUUACAGAAAUUGGAAGCUGAACAUGCUAGGCUUCUUAAAAAAAUACAUUCUACCGAAAGUAUUAAUAAAAAACUCGAAGAAAGUAUGCGUCAAUUGACCUUGGUCUAUAAUCGCGAUAUCGACGAGGUUACCAAAAUAAAUUCCAAAAUAAAAGACGUGCAAGGUUACUAUGAAGGUGGUUUAAAGCGUCUUAAGGAAUGUAAACACAUCAAUCAGGUCCUAAUUGUGGAUUUAAGUUUGCUAAAAAUGAAAGCCCAUAAUUUCGAGGAACAAAUUAAGAAAAUUGAAAAGGGAAGGAUUAGUUUGAAUCAAAACCGUUCUCAAAUGAAAGUUGUGAUUAAGGAACGUUUAAAAAAACUAGAAGUUCAAAUGGGAGUACUUAAUACGAAGCGAAGAACAUUGGUUGAAGAGAGAAGUACUUUGAUAGCUGAUAUUACUGACCGAAAGAAACAUAUAGAAGCAAUGAAGACGCGUUUUGAGCUAACUUCAAAAUUAUUGGGAACAAAUGAAGAUGGCACAUUGGUUACAAGUACACAAUUACAAAUUGAGGCUGCACAAGAAAAGCAUAUACUUAUAGAGGAGGGCAAUUCGUUGAAUCAGAAGGUUAUAACUGCUGAAAAAGAUAUUAAGGCAAUGGAAAAUACCUUGGUGCUUAUGAAUCUUUCAAACAGUAACUUUCGUGAUUCUUUACAGAAGGGAGCUUCUACAGAUAAAGACGUAUUAAAAGAAGAGUUGGAGAAAAUUCGGGCAAUUUCCCAUAAUAAUGCAAUGGAAAUACAAAACAUACAAGACAAUAUAGUAAAAAAAGAAGAGCAGGCUAGAAUACUUGCGGCACAAUUAGAAAAUUUAGAAGCUGAGAUGAAAAGAUUAUCUGAAGAAAAAGCAACAAUAGAAGAAAAUUUUCGAAAAGUCAAUAAAGAAUGUCAACACCAAAAAGAAAGAAUGAUGCGCGCUGAACGAGAGCUGCAGAAUGCUAUUAAGGCACUAAAAGAAUUGCCUCUAGGCAACGAGAAUUUUAAUUUAAUUGAAAGAGAAAUAUAUUUGCAAGGCUUGGAAGAACGAAGUUCACUUAUUCUAAACACUUUUGUCGAUGUAAUACACUCUGAUAAGGAUGCAGCUCCCGUAAUAUUAAAUUUCUUUCAAGAAAAAAAAAUACAAAUGCCACAUCAUAUGCAAAGUACACGAAGCUUCCAAAUGCUUCGACGCAGCAACACUUCUCUAACAUCAUCAACUUCAAAAGAUUAUGCACUUUCCAUCACUCAGUCGUCAGGUAGUGACACUGAACGUAGUUCGAUGUCAGUUGCUACAGCUAAAGUGAGCGUACAUUCAUUGGAAUUUAACCCUUAAAACUUCAGCAUUCUAGUCGUAUUUUAUUUAUAAUUUUAAAUUAAUUACACAGCAAUGAUUAAUGAAUAUUUUGUUUUUUUUUUAAAUUGAAGA